GGGCGAGAGGCGCCGCGGGGUUGGUUGCUGCCCUGGGGCCGGAGUCAACGGAUCCGGGCCGCGCCACCGCGCGACCUCGCUGCCCGGUCUCCGCGCGAAGCGAGCGAGGCGGUGCUGCGCGAUUUGAUUGUAAAUGCAUCAUAAAGAGGCAGCCCAGAAUGAAGAAAGCAAGCAGGAGUGUUGGCUCAGUGCCUAAAGUGUCUGCGACAAGUAAAACACAAACGGUAGAGAAAAUUAAGCCUGAAAACAGCUCUUCAGCAUCUACAGGAGGAAAAUUUGUAAAAUCUGGAACUGCAGCAUUAUUGUCAAAGACCAAGAGCAGUGAUGAUCUUUUAGCUGGAAUGGCUGGCGGGGUAACAGUGACUAAUGGUGUUAAAGGAAAGAAAAGUAUCUGCCCAUCUGCAGCGUCUUCAGCAUCAGCCCCUGCCAUGACCACUGUGGAGAACAAAACCAAGAUCAACACAGGCACAAGUUCUUCAACCAAGCGGAGCACUUCUGCAGGUAAUAAAGAAUCCAGUUCUACUAGAGAAAGAUUACGUGAACGUACUCGAAUAAACCAGAGCAAAAAACUACCUUCUGCAGGUCAGGGAGCCAAUGAGGUGGCAUUGGCUAAACGUUCCCGCAGUCGCACUGCUAUGGAAUGUGAUGUUCGUAUGAGCAAGUCUAAAUCGGACAAUCAGAUCAGUGACAAAGCUGCUUUAGAAGCUAAAGUGAAAGAUCUUCUCACACUGGCAAAAACCAAAGAUGUGGAAAUUUUACAUUUGAGGAAUGAACUCCGAGACAUGCGUGCUCAGCUGGGCAUUAAUGAAGAUCACUCUGAGGGUGAUGAAAAGUCUGAAGAGAAGGAAACCAUUGUUGUUCAUCAUCCAACUGAUGUUGAGUCCACUUUAUUGCAGUUGCAAGAACAGAAUACUGCCAUCCGUGAAGAACUGAACCAGUUAAAAAAUGAAAACAGAAUGUUAAAGGACAGGUUGAAUGCCCUGGGCUUUUCUUUAGAGCAAAGGCUAGACAAUUCUGAAAAACUGUUUGGCUACCAGUCCCUAAGCCCAGAAAUUGCCCCUGGUAACCAGAGUGAUGGGGGAGGAACUUUGACGUCUUCAGUGGAAGGCUCAGCACCUGGGUCGGUGGAGGAUCUCUUGAGUCAGGAUGAAAAUACAUUGAUGGACCAUCAGCAUAGUAACUCGAUGGACAACCUAGACAGCGAGUGCAGUGAGGUGUACCAGCCCCUCACCUCAAGUGACGAUGCUCUUGAUGCACCAUCAUCUUCAGAGUCAGAGGGCAUUCCAAGCAUAGAGCGCUCCCGUAAAGGGAGUAGUGGAAACGCGAGUGAAGUGUCUGUUGCCUGCUUGACAGAACGGAUACACCAGAUGGAAGAGAACCAGCACAGUACAAGUGAGGAACUUCAGGCAACUCUACAGGAAUUAGCUGAUUUGCAGCAGAUUACCCAAGAAUUGAAUAGUGAAAAUGAAAGGCUUGGAGAAGAGAAAGUCAUCCUGAUGGAGUCCUUGUGUCAACAAAGUGAUAAGUUGGAACACUUUAGCCGACAGAUUGAAUAUUUUCAUUCCCUUCUAGAUGAACAUCAUAUUUCUUAUGUUAUAGAUGAAGAUGUAAAAAGUGGACGCUACAUGGAAUUAGAGCAACGUUACAUGGACUUAGCUGAGAAUGCCCGUUUUGAGCGAGAGCAGCUUCUUGGUGUCCAACAGCAUUUAAGCAAUACUUUGAAAAUGGCAGAACAAGACAAUAAGGAAGCUCAAGAAAUGAUCGGUGCACUCAAAGAACGCAGUCACCACAUGGAACGAAUUAUUGAGUCUGAGCAGAAGGGCAAAGCAGCCCUGGCAGCCACCUUAGAGGAGUACAAAGCCACAGUAUCCAGCGAUCAGAUAGAGAUGAAUCGCUUGAAGGCCCAGCUGGAAAAUGAAAAGCAGAAAGUGGCUGAACUGUAUUCUAUCCAUAACUCUGGAGACAAAUCUGAUAUUCAGGAUCUCUUGGAGAGUGUUAGGCUGGACAAAGAAAAGGCAGAGACUUUGGCUAGUAGCCUGCAGGAAGAUCUGGCUCACACCCGAAAUGAUGCCAAUCGAUUGCAGGACACCAUUGCCAAGGUGGAGGAUGAAUACCGAGCCUUCCAAGAAGAAGCUAAGAAACAAAUUGAAGAUUUGAAUUUAACAUUAGAGAAACUAAGGUCAGAGCUGGAGGAAAAAGAGACAGAAAGAAGUGAUAUGAAAGAAACUAUCUUUGAGCUUGAAGAUGAAGUAGAACAACAUAGAGCUGUAAAACUUCAUGAUAACCUCAUUAUUUCUGAUUUAGAAAAUACAGUUAAAAAACUCCAGGACCAAAAACAUGACAUGGAAAGAGAAAUCAAGACACUUCACAGGAGACUUCGGGAAGAAUCUGCUGAAUGGCGGCAGUUUCAAGCUGAUCUACAGACUGCAGUGGUCAUUGCAAAUGACAUUAAAUCUGAAGCCCAGGAGGAGAUUGGUGAUUUGAAGCGCCGGUUACAUGAGGCUCAGGAAAAAAACGAGAAACUCACAAAAGAAUUAGAGGAAAUAAAAUCACGCAAGCAAGAGGAGGAGCGAGGUCGAGUAUACAACUACAUGAAUGCUGUUGAGAGAGAUUUGGCAGCCUUAAGGCAAGGGAUGGGACUAAGUAGAAGGUCUUCAACUUCUUCAGAGCCAACUCCUACAGUAAAAACCCUCAUCAAGUCCUUUGACAGUGCAUCUCAAGUACCAAACCCUGCUGCAGCUGCAAUUCCUCGAACACCUCUGAGUCCAAGUCCUAUGAAAACCCCUCCUGCGGCAGCUGUGUCUCCUAUGCAGAGACAUUCCAUAAGUGGACCAAUCUCAGCAUCCAAGCCCCUCACAGCCUUGUCAGACAAGAGACCAAACUAUGGGGAAAUCCCAGUUCAAGAGCAUCUGUUAAGAACGUCAUCAACUAGCCGACCUGCUUCUCUGCCAAGAGUACCUGCUAUGGAAAGUGCCAAGACCAUCUCAGUGACUCGACGAAGUAGUGAAGAAAUGAAGCGGGACAUCUCUGCAUCUGAGGGAACAUCGCCAGCCUCUCUUAUGGCCAUGGGAACCACGUCACCACAGCUGUCCCUGUCCUCCUCUCCCACAGCAUCUGUGACCCCAACCACCCGAAGCCGGAUAAGGGAAGAAAGGAAAGACCCCCUCUCAGCAUUGGCAAGAGAAUAUGGAGGAUCGAAGAGGAAUGCCUUAUUGAAGUGGUGCCAGAAAAAAACAGAAGGCUAUCAGAAUAUUGACAUCACAAACUUCAGCAGCAGCUGGAACGAUGGGCUGGCCUUCUGUGCACUCCUGCAUACAUAUCUUCCAGCGCACAUUCCAUAUCAAGAACUGAAUAGCCAAGAUAAGAAAAGGAACUUCACACUGGCCUUCCAGGCAGCUGAAAGUGUUGGCAUCAAAUCCACACUGGACAUUAAUGAGAUGGUACGCACCGAACGACCAGAUUGGCAAAAUGUGAUGUUGUACGUGACUGCAAUCUACAAGUACUUUGAAACCUGAGCAUACCAGGAGGAGCUGCUGCUGACUGGGGACUGCGGCAGUAACAAAGCAACACCAAGACCCUUAGCUAUGCACCCCUAAAGCUUUCGGCAACUCUGGGCCGUCCCACAGUGUGUGAGCCUCAGCCUGGACCUGUUCAUCAGAAGAACUCAGGCCUGUGGCUCAUAGCACACACCAGGGCCUCUCCGUGUGGCCUGUCUACCCAGUGCAUGUGGGCAUAGCACACAGCAUGCAGGCCAACUUCCUUCUGAAGACAGAUCGAACUCCAUUAGUGCCUAGGAUAUGAAAACAAAAGGCUGACACUCAGCUAAACUUGGGGGAAAGGAUUGGAUUAUAGGAGAUUUCUAGAGGUUGGUAAAAGGCUUCAGCUAUAGCACUUCUUGACUGUCACUCACUUGGGUCCCUUUGCUGGUGAGAACCAGGGGGAAAGUGGGUGCCUGGCAAUUGACUGUUCCUUAGUGCUAGGGCAGAACCAGCCUUGCCCUUUACAUGGGUCUGUUUUGUAGGAGCAUGUCACUACAGAAUUGGGAAAGCCAUCCCUUCCAUGUGACAGGGAUUUCCUGGCCACCACCAUGAAGGAGUUUUCAACUACAGUGAAGAAAACAUACAGAAGCACAGUGCAGAUGGUGCCAUGUCAUAGCCUGCAGCUGGCUAAGUCCACACUGCUAUUGCUGGGCCCCUGUUGGCAGGAAGCAGGCAGGACCCUUGUCUGGUAUUUGGCUACCUGCCUCCAGCUCCAGCUCUGGCUUCAGGCUUCUGAGAAAAGCGACUGAUCAAAGGGAGUUUUAGUUAAAAAUUUUGAUUUAUUAUGAGCAAUAUUGUGGAAGAUAGCUCCUAUUCUAUUAGUACCAAAGUUAAACUGUUUCAGGCCAGGAGUGGUAGAAUACAUGUGUAAUCCUAGAAAUUGAGAGGCUGGAGCAGGAGCCAUGCAUUCAAAGCCAGCUUGGGCUACAUAGUGAGACCCUGUCUUUAAAAAAAAAAAAAAAAGGGCAGCAAAACCAUAAAGUUAAAUUGUUUUAAUAAGCAUAGAAAUGAAACACAAAUCUGAGCAUGAUGCAGCAAGAACAGGGAGUGAAGUAGCAAGUAGCCAAGAAAAAGGACUUGCUUAAUGAGCACACAGUGUGACUUAGUCUCUGCUGAGUUGCUGAGAUGUACUCCUUUUGGGCAGGAAUGUAAGAAAGUGCCUUACGUCCCCUUGUCAGGGCAGCCCAUGUCUCCUCACCAGGGCGGGUGUCAGCAGGGAUUCAGAGCUCCAGGCCCGCCCUCCCUAGGUGCUGGAUCUGUGCUGUCUGAGCCAAAGCCUUACUCAGAGGUGGUCUUACUGCUGUCUUUUAGGCUGGGACUCAAAGCUCUUUUUGGGAGCAGGCAGCCCAUAUCUCAUGUAUGCCUAACACAGUAGUUGCUGGUUUGAACAAUGUCAAAACCUGUACCUUCCAGUUUAUGACUUUUGGGCACCACGAGGAAGACCGGUCACCAUGGAAAGCCUAGUUGCAGCCCCACUGACUGGGUGCAAGGAACAGGCUCCCCAGACCACUCAGUUCAGUCAUGGGCAGAGUUCAAGCACGAUGUUCUGUAUUAGGAGUCUAAUGCAUGUGUGGGGCCUAGAAAAGAAAGUAGCUGUUAGGAAGCAGGCUCUGAACGCCUGGGGCCUGCAGCGUUGUCAUCACCAGGUGGCUAGUGCUGCCCAUCCACCCUGGGUGAAUGUCCUCGCCCGGCAGCACAGGCUGCUGCUCCUGGCUAAGGCUUUUCGUGAAAUGUUGAUUUUCAACUAAAAGAGGCAGGUGGGCAGCGUUAACCUCAGAGGAGACCAGAGGAUACCCCAAAUGCCAGCUUCCACAGAUGCCAAGCCUGGUCCUCCCUGCCAAGUGCUGUUCUUCCUGUUGCUCUGCUGACAGCUGUCAGCUUGAGUGACUGCUCAUGUGUGAACCAUCUUUUUCAGUGUCUCUCCACUUAAUUUCUCUGAGUUCCUGCCUCUACGCUUGUUCACCUUCUAGAAAGCCUGUCCACUGUGUGCAUCCAGAGUGUCUGGUCAUAUUUUUAUUAUUUAUUAUGUGAUGGAGGGGCCCAUUAUGUGACUGAGAAGACUUCUGAGCCUGCAGUUGGCAGUUUUGUCCCUUGCUCGCCACAUAGGACCAACUCACAGCUCAUACUGGGACAGGGAAUUCCAGAAUCUUCUGAAGGAAGGCGGUGGUCACUGAUGGUCUGUCUCACUUGGAUGACAAGUCUCCUCUGGACACUGAGGGCCCAACAUCAAGCUUGGGAAUGGCAGCAGAAUCAGAGGUGGACUUGGGAAGGGCUGUCAUGGCCCCACCUGCCUGGAGGCUCAUCUCAGGGCCCCUAUCCCCCAUGAGGGUCAGACUGCCCACAUUGGCCCAAGGUCUGCAGAUGCCAGGACUCCAGUACUUUUGCCUUUCCUAGUAGGACCCUCACAACACUGUUGACUGUAUUCAUGCAACUAUAAUGGUCAUGUGUGUUUAAAAGUGGGUACUGCCUUGUAGCCUCCAGGAAGUCAUUUUGCCUCUUUAAGCACAAGCUUUAUUGCAAAAGGGCCAGUUACCUUUCUAUUUCUGUCAUAGGCUUCUGCUGACUGACUGAUGAUACUUGGUCAUUUUGUUCUAGUAAAUAUUCUUGAAUGUAUUAAAUUGUUAAGACACAUCUGGCUUGGAAUUUCCUAGCUUGCUCUCCCUACCCCUGUCCUUCAGACCCUGUGUCAUAUGUAUCCAGACUGCCUCUGAACCCAAACUGGAUCCCUGUCCACUUAAGAAGGCCACCUCUGGUCCAGCGUUCAGCCCGCUCACCAUGCACAUGGAGCACCCAGCCUGGAGUAGGAGACUGGUGUGCCUGCUGCAGCCCCUGCCACGCAGCCUCAGGCAGGUGUCUGGACUGUGAAGCCACAGCAUGGUGUAGGGUAGGUGAUCCCAGAGGUUCUGACCUAUGCUGGGACCAGAAUUUGUGAUGUGUGCUAAUACGCCAGAAACAGCAGCAGAGCUGCUCCGUCAGAGUGGAAGCCCCUGGC